AUGUUUUUCCCUUCACCGUCGCCGUCCUUGCUGACGCCCUCUGUGGCUCCCUUCGCCGGUGUGCGGGUGUUUCUGCACAUCCGCGAGGGCACCAGCGGCGCCGGUGAGGAUCGCACGAAGCACUACGCGAAGAAAGCCCUGCGCAGGCUCGGCGCCGCCCUGACGCUCUCGGAGGCCACGGCGGACUUGAUUGUGUUUCACUGCGGGAACGAGUCGUUCCUCGAGAACGCGACGGCGCGUGGCAAGACUGUUGUCACCCCGGCGUAUCUACAGGAGUGCGCCAAGUGCAUGGAGCGGCUGUCGGCGGAGGCGUUCCUCGUGCACGGACGCCUGGGCCACGCGGAGGGGAGGGGGGACGCGGCCGUCGCGGGGAGCGGCGAGGCGGCGGCGGCGGCGGAAGAAGAGGAGGGGGAGCCCCCGCGGGCCGAGCUGCCGCCCAAGACGACGUCCACCGGGCUGUCCACCGUUCCCUACCUGGACGACGACGACGACGACGCGCGGGGGCGCCGCACCACCGCACGACGGGCAGUCGCGCCCGCUGCCAAGGGGCGUGAUCCCAGUGAUGAGGGCGCCGUGGCCUCAGCGUCGUCGGCAACGGCAAAACGGAGCCGAGGGAGUUCCACGGACGGCGCGCCGCCGGUGGGGCGGCGUAAACGCGCCUGCUGCGCCCUCGGUGGCACUAGCGACGAGCACUCGACUGGGGCGCCGCGUAAAGGGACGCACAUGGCGCCGAAUCGAAAGGUCGCGCCCGCAGCAAAUGGGGGGGCGACAGAGCCUACUGCGUCCCCCACGGACAGCCGUCGCGGUGUGUCACAUCUCCGUCGCCCCACAACCCCUCCGCAGCUUCGCAUUGCCGUAGCCGGGGAGGACGAGGGGGACAUUCAGUUUCUCUGCGACGUUGUUGAGCAGCUGGGGGGUGUCUGUUUGUCACGUGUGUUUGGUCGCGUGCGGAAGCCGACGCAUCUGGUUUUGGGGGGGCGUGGGGAGCUGACCCCGAUGGUGCUGCUUGCCAAGGCGCUGGGCAUCCCUGUGCUGACGCCGCAGUGGCUCUACGACGCCAUUUCCUUGGGCGAGUUCCCGGAGGUUCUCCCCGCCCAUCUGCAUCCCAUAUACUCGGCUAGCGUCCGCCCCACUGACAGCCGCGGUGGUGGAAAGAAGGAGCAAGAGGAGGAUAAAUAUGGUGGCACGCCAACGCACCUGCCGCGGCGGGAGCCGAGCAUUGAGGACAGCCUCGUCGGCAUGUUUGAGCAGGACGUUGGCCCCAACUACAAGCCCAUCUUUCUGGGAAUGGUCUUUGCCUUCGUCAGCCACUCCCCGCUUGUUCACGCCGACCAGUUCAUGGAGCUGGUGCGCACGUUGGGCGGCUUCGUCACACGCAGUGCGUUGAGCCUCAACCUCUCCGUCCUCGUGGAUCUUGGCUACGGCACCGCCGCCCCGCAGGAGGGGGAGGAGAAGAAUAAAUGUGAGAAGGAGAAACCUGGCGAGGUGGCGAGAGCGGCGGGAGCCAGCAGGCGAAGGCCGCGGCGAGGAGCCGUGCGGCGCGUGGAGGAGGCGGGGGCUGCCUUAGAGACGCAGUCGAUCCCCUUGACGUAUCAAACCGCGCUAAGCGGCUGCGCCGGCCGCGGGGGUGUGACGCGGCACGCCUCCCACGACGUACUGCAGCGACUCAUGGCGCAGCGCCGCCAGCACGAGCUCCCCGCUGUCCCUGUGGUGUCGGUUGAGUGGGUCAUUCAGUGUAUUCUUCUUGGCGAGGCGACCGAGACGGCGCCCUUUGAGGUUCCGCUGGGCCCGCAGGAAGGCAGCGGGGUGGCCGCGGUGGACCACGCGAAGGCGACGGAGGACGCCGCCAGCGGCAACGGCCUCAAGGCAGCCGCCUCCACACCGCCGAGGCAAACGGCGAGGUGCUUUGGGGAGGACAGCGGCCGCGGCAGGGUCUCGUGGCAGACGCCUGUCGUCACCAGCCCCUUCGCAAAGACCUCCGAGGGCCCGAGCAGUGCGAUGAAGCGGGCGGAGCAGCAGCUCAAUACGCAACAGCUGCUUCUUUCCCUCGACAGUGACGACGACUGA